GCAGCCGCUCCCGGCCAUGCCCCAGUUCACCUUCGCCUGUUUCUGCGGCCUCCACGGCUUCUGCAGGAUGAAGAGGAAGAAGGAGGAGGCCGGCGGGGGGCAGGAGACGGCCGUGUGAGGGGCGGCCCCCCCGGGACCCCUCCUGUCCCCUCGGUAUUCCCAGUCUUCCUACAGGCCAGAAUAAAUCGGUGGCUGCCCCAAAAAUUGGUGUUUUUCCAGAUGUUCAGCCAAGGACAAAGCUCCAGGUGGGCUCAGGGAAGCUCCAGUUGCUUUGGGAAAUGCUGAUUUUAUCCUGUUCCUAUUUUCCUCCCCUGUUCCACCUUUGCUGCCCUUGGCCAGGACUUUUGGGAGCAGCUCUGGGCCAAAAAAAAAAACCAACCAAAAUCCAAGGGAAUUGGUGGAACUCCGAGGGCAUUUCCUGAAUGUAACUUUAUUUUUUGCACAUGGAUUUGUGGUGGUCCCACGAGGGAUGUGUGGGAGGGUUUUUAACAAGCUGGGAUUAAUCCCUGCUCUGGAAAUGACCAGGGGUGUGAAGAUAAGGCUGGAAUUCCUAAAAUUUGUUUUAUUCCAGGGUAAAUCCACUGAGAUGUGCAGAAAAAUAUUAAUUAUAGAGAAAGCAGCUUGGACUGACUCCCAUCCUUCCAAUUCCUCAAAUUUCUCCUGUUUUUCCUAUGCAAAACCACACCAAAAACCAGCGGAAACAAAGCCAGCUCAGCAGCAGGUCCUGACUCAACAAAGCCCGGCUUAAACCUUAGGCUCGGCCGCGGGGUUUUGCUCCACCCCAUGGAUUUUCCUGCUUCCAGCCCGGAUCGAUCCUGGCAGGGAGGGGAAGGCUCAGAACCCUCCUCGCUGCCUCUCCUGACCCGGAUCAAAGCAUUAAAUCUCUUUUUAUUGUCCUUUUUUUUAAUCCCUGCUGCCCGGAUUUCUUUGGGAAGGACUCCCAGGAUGUUCCUGGGGAGUCUCCCAGCCCAGGAGCCAUAGGAAUCUGUACUGUACAUUUAAUUUUUGGGGGGGAUUUAUUUUUAUUUUUUUUAAAUUAUUUUAUUUUAAAUUUUAUUUAUGGGGGAGAAAAACAUAAACGUGGCAUUUGUAAAUAAGCACAGGCAUCUUCCACGCACAGAGCAGAGCGCUUC